GAGCAUGAGAUUUUGUCAAACAAUAGAAAGAGAGUCACCGUAAAAGACAGAGAUAUAUUUAUAGUCAAAAGAAAUGAUGACUAUUUUGCUCUAGAUAGCUUCUGUUAUCAUGCAGGAGGUCCAUUAUUUAAUGGUGAUAUAGAGGAUUAUGGAGGUAAAGCUUGUAUCAAAUGUCCAUGGCACAACUUUAAAAUAUGUAUUGAUACUGGCGAAGGACUGUAUGAGUCUAUAAAUCCAUUUGAUUUAUCCAAACCACCAGAAAUAAAAUCUAAAGGUAUUAAACAAAGGACACAUAAAGUAAUAGUUCAAGAUGGAAAAAUAUAUGUAGAAUUAUCUAUCGAUGAAAAAUUAGAAUCAGAUCAUUAU